GAAAAUGACUGGUAGCGUCUCAACUGCUACAGGAUUUUUGACCCAGCAACUUACUUCUGACCCGAGUUUAUCGGUCAAUACAGCUACAACUGGUGCUUCUUCCAGUGUCAAUCAAGUUAUAAUGGCAUCAGCAACAGCACAAUUAGAUCCUCAGUUCAGUUGCGGCACACCGAAUAGCUUGCCUAGCUCAGCAACUAAUUCAGGCGUUGUCGCUGUACCCUCUACGGGCAAAAAUCAGCCAGAAAGUAUGCAGAUGAAUGUUUUCACUCAGCUGGAAGACAGGGGACCACGAAGCAUGCAGAGAUCAUGCAAACUGACAGUUGCAAAAUUGGCACUUAACAAAUCUGUGCAGUCCAUCUCUUCACUGACCUCAAUCUACAUUGCAGUGCAGUUUCAGAGUAACAAGAAGACGUACAGGUCCCCUGAAAUACACCUCAACACAGUGUCACCUUCCACACCCUCUAACACAGUGUCAACUUCAUCAUCAUCAGUGGCUGCAAACAUCCAAAACAUAUAUGCGAAUGCAAACGCACUUGGAAACUUGCCAAGCACGCAACAAUCUCAAUGUAUUCAGUCUUUAUCUUGUGCAACGACUACUAGCUCUUCUGUAAGCUCCUCUACCCUGGUUCCGAGCAGCAGUGAAAGGACAAGUAGCUCCUCUCAACUAAGUAGUGGUGUGGCCUCAUCCACUGUGGGCGGUAUUUCAAAUUCUCAAUCGCAGGCAGCACAACAGAGUGUGAACAACUCGGGAGUUGCUGGCCCAAUGUUGUCCUCGUCCGAUUUGUUCUUCGAAAUUCAACCCAACUUCCAGGUUCAGAUGGUGUACUCGCACAGUGUGAAGAAAGAGCGAGGAGGAAAUCACAGCAGAGACAGCAGACACCAGACAAGCUACAACCAGCUGGCCAUUCUCAUCCAGAGGAGGAAUCGGAUCAAGGGAACCACUAUUCUGGGAUACAAGACAGUGGCCUCUUGUCAGAUUGAUAUGUCACUUGUGUUGCAGCGGGGAGCCAUGGCACAGCUAGAGUAUGACCUUCUAAGUCCUUCGUCUUCAUCCAACAAAGACAGAUCCAGCUCUACAAAUAACAGCGCAUCACUUCAACAACAGAGUGCAAAUGUACACCCACCCUCUUCAGGGACAGUGGGGGGUAAUUGUGAAGUAGUGGGCAGGUUGUCCCUGUCUCACCUGAGCACUCAGCCAUUUGGGCCCAAUGGGGGAGCAGGGGGCAAACAGAGGGGAAAUACUGGCAGUGCAGUUGGGUCCAAUAGAAGACACACGGAGAAGGCCUUGCGACGUAGACGAGAGAGGGGAGACAGCAGUCCGAAUGCCGAGCGAAACCGAGUGGCCAGAUCCAAUCUUGCCCGGGGUGCUUCGAUGACCGGACAAGGGGCAGUGGGAGGGGGUGGCAAUAUAUCCCCUGGUGAUGAGUAUGACUCAGAACUGUCUUCUCUCAGCGAGGCCGAAGACGAUCACUACCAGGCGAGGUCACGUGGACAAAGCUUCCUGGAAAUGCUCGACAUGGGAUCGAACAGACGGAAGAAAGACACAGCAGCUGGAGUGGUGUCUGGAUCAGGACAUCACCACGCUCAGCCUCCGGUCACUCAGCAGACGACAGGGGCGACCACUAGUAGACAACAGAGGGCGAUUAAUUUCAAACAGAAACUGAUCCGGGUAUUGAAGAAGAUGAAACAACAGCAGGAAGAAGAAGGCGAGGAGGACGGGUGCGAUGACUUGGACGACGACAUCCUGCCGGAGGAGUUGGACGACUUGGAUGAGUUCGACAGCAACUCAGAUUUAGACAGCACCCACCUUGCACUAGGAUUGGGAGAUGCACUUGGAGAUACUAACUCAUUGGAUUCACACACUGCCGACCUCCUGCUUCCCACAGAUAUCAGGCCGGAGAUCAAGCCCUUUUUCAACAGUCACGUGCAGUUGAAUGAGGACGACAAUGAUAAUCGAGGGGACAUUACAGGGACAGGAGACGGGCAGGGUGGGGGAGGAGGAAGUGUAGCUAGUCAGUAUCAGAUGAUGCAGGGGGUAGAAUAUACCAGAGAUAGAGACAGGGAACAGCAGAGUUGUGGCUUACCAGGGGGAGCAGACACAGAUGUUCAAUACUCGGAUGGAAAUAACCGACUCAAUUCAGAUGAAGACAAUUUGCGCAGCAGUCGAUCAGGAACCGCCAGCGCACAUUUCUCAAUUCCAGUCUCAUCGUCGGGCGGGGGAGGAGGAGGAGGAGGCAGUCCGGAACCCACUCUGGAAGCCUGUGAAGACUCCUCGUCUACAGAACAGCUGAAGAUUCAGUUGAAUACUUUAUUUCCGCUCCCAAAUUCUCAAUCGGCAUCUACCGGUGGAACGGGGGGAGGAGUAGCGACGACGGGGAAUGUGGGGGGUCAGACUACAUCGUCGGCAACUGGACCCGUUGUUCCUCCGAAGUGUGUGGUUGUAGGCAGAGACACGGACCCCCUAUGUGGAAUGUUACAGCUGAGGAAUUUCAAGGUUCUGCGCACUCGGCCCCAGUCGGACAUCGUGUUGGUCCUGGAACACUUCCUGAACUUCCUCAGACACGCCCUCUACUCCAAUACUCCUCGCAGUGUGCCCACUCUUAGAGUACUCAUCGUGGGAGGAGAGAGGUACGUUGCUCUGUUCGUGCAAAACUUUGUCAAUCUUUUCUCUAAGAAGAGUCAAGAUCUUCCCCGACAGAUGCAGUUCCUCCUGUUGCCGGGAACUCACUUCUCCAUGCUGAGAGCAUGUGACAACAUGGGGUUCCUAGAGAAGUUUUCCGAGUACUUCACCAAGCUGGAGUCGGCAGCUGUCCUGUCGGGGGGAAGUGGUCCGACAACUGGGGGAGGGGGAGUGGGAGGGUUAAGCGGAGGAGCAGGUGGGUCGGUGGAGUACUCCAACAGUCUGGCGGAGAGUGUGGUCAACUACAUGGAGAUGCCCAAGUCCACCUCACUGGUCAAUCUACCAAUCAGUGAGGCACUGUUGCAUUUUGUGGCGAGUGAGGAUCACAAAGACGCUUCCGGCUCCACAAAACAAGUUUUCGUCCCCUUUCUCAACUACCUCAGACUGGGAUCCCUAGACACAAAUACAAACACAAGCAACGCCAGCAACAAUGCCACCACCAGUCAGACUAUACCACAUCAACUGGCCGAGGAAGAAGAGGAACCUGAGAGGUAUCCUCCUAGUCCUCCUGAUCCCCAGUCGAUGUCACACCACCAACACCUGCUGCAGCACCAGACCUCCUUCUCCUCUUCUACCGCCCCCACCCACAGUCCUAGUCAGAAUCUCACCCACGCUACUACAAUACAGGGGCCAAUGUCAGCAUCAGGGGGUGCAGUGUCACUGGGCGAUGGAGGUGGUGGGGUCAGUUCUCUAGGCAGUCCGACCACAGUGCAACUCACGGGGAGUGGUGCGAAAGAUUCAAGUGGAAAUACUAGUUCAGGAGGUAACACUGGUCAAAUAUCUUCUGGAAGUCAACAGCAACAACAAGUGACACCAUCAUCUACAUCAGGAUCAACUGGCGGCACUGGUUCUGUGAAUGGAAGUGGAAGUAUAUCUUCUGGAAGUGAGUUUCAAAUAGAUGUCUGGGAUAGCAAACUGGAGCACCAGACUAUCAAGGGACACAUCUCGUACCUGCACAUCCAGCGGACUUCGUUGAGCUGCUUCUCGGUGCAGUUGAUGACGAAGGAGAAGAAGAGGAUGGGCAUCAAGAUCAAAAAGAACAAAGACAAGGAGAAGGAUAGAGACAGGACUCAGCUGGUGGAACUAGAGGGAGUGACUAGACUGUUGUGUUCCUGCAAGGCCCCCUCCUCCGCCGCCAUGACCACCCUAGUCAUAGACGGAUGCCAACAGUUCCCACCCGUCAAAUUUUUCCAGGUGUCACAUCAGUGGCCAACACAUGUGAAAUCAUUUCCAGUUCUCCUCCCAGGAGCCACUCCCCUGGCACCCUGAAAAGCAAACAGAACUGAA